AUGUGUGGCUUGAUGGCAAAUCUUUUGCUUCCAGUAAAGCUGAAACCAGGUUUUUCAGACAAACAAAGCAGUAGCUUAAUCUUUCUCACCACUAAAGGAUCCAAGAGGAAGUACCAAUCUACUACUCCUGUUGCAAGAUUAUUUGGACAGGCGAUUUUCGAAGCUUCUAAAUUAAAUGUCAUGUUCUUAGGAGUUGAUGAGAAGAAGCAUCCAUCAAAACUCCCAAGAACAUACACUCUCACUCAUAGUGACAUCACCGCCAAGUUAACUCUAGCUAUUUCUCACUCUAUCAAUAACUCUCAGUUACGGGGAUGGGCAAACAGAGUGUACCGAGACGAAGUAGUGGCCGAGUGGAGGAAGGUGAAAGAUAAAAUGUCGCUUCACGUUCAUUGCCACAUUAGUGGCGGCCAUUUUCUUUUGGAUCUUAUUGCAGAGCUUCGAUAUUUCAUAUUCUGCAAGGAAUUACCAAUGGUGUUGAAAGCUUUUGUCCAUGGAGAUAAAAACUUGUUGAACAACUACCCUGAGCUAGAAGAAGCUCUUGUUUUGGUUUACUUCCAUUCCAACAUCCCUGAGUUCAACAAAGUCGAAUGUUGGGGCCCUCUAUGUGAGGCGACUUCAGAUGAUCGUUGUAGAGCUCACACGUGUGAAACCAUAUCGGAACGUCCUUGCGUUGAUGAGUGCAGCUGUUGUUUUCCGGCGGUUAGCACGAUUCCGUGGUCUCACUCUCAUAGCAGCUACGGUGAAGACGAUGAAGAUGUAGCUAUCGUGGGAAGGAAUCACGGGACCAAGUAUACGUAUAAUCGUUGCAAGAGAAAAUAG